AUGGAUCCUAUCUACCGCGACAAACUGAUAUACUCGCUGGGAAUGUUACUUAAGGAAUUGUUCAAUGGCCAAGACAGUUAUCACAACAGUGUUAAGGACCACCUCCCGGUAGACCUUGACCACAACAAGAUUGAAGAAAUCCUCACGAUUCUGGGCCCAGAGGAUUUCUUGAGUCAGGCACUCCGAUAUUACGAACACUGCAGUUCCAACCCGAAAGGACACCAAGGUGAGAGAAGACUGGUCGAGAUCAGAGAGCGCCUAGACGAAAAGUACGGAGAGUUCUUAAGGGGAAGCAAUCUGUUGAAAUAUACAGCACAGAAGGAUUGGCUUCAAGAGGCGCUCAGGUCUCCAAUCUUCGCAAACCACCGCGGGUGGAGACUUCGCUAUCAUCUGGACAACCCUGCACCUGAAUCGCCCGACGAUAAACUCCGAACUCAGCUCAAAUAUACAAUUGACAGCGAAAUGAAAAUACUGGCCGAUGAUCAGCAACAAUCUCGCCCUGAGGAUUUGGAAUUGCCUACAUUCUCCCCGACUACGAUCGAGAACAGUUUCUCCCUUCUCAAGCCCUUCGACUACACAGAGCGAUAUUCACUUCACUAUAUUCUCCUCUGCAAAUACUCGGGAGAUGAAAACAUGACACACCAAGAGGCAGACAGAGAGGCACAGAUUCGCCUCGAUGAAUAUAAAGCGGAACAUUUUGAGAGCAUGCGUGAAGAAUCGAGACAGUUGAGCGAGUGGGAAGAGCGUGAGCAGGUGAGAGACUGGAAAUACUGGAAAGAGAUAGAGCAUAACCCCGACGAUUUCAUUUACUUAGAGAAUUUGUCUGAAGAUGAAUGGCCUGAAGCGGGCGAGGUUGAGGAAGAAGGAUCUGACGACGAUGGAUCUGACGACGAUGGAUCUGAAGAUGAAGAAUCCAAGGAUGAUGGGUCGGGAAGCGAAGUGUCUGAGGGUGAUAGAUCACCCAGUCCGAACGGUAUGGACAUAGAUUUGCCGGAACCCACCAGCGAAGAUCUCACUCUUCAGGUCUCAGCGCUUCAUAUUUCUGGCAAAAGGCCAAACGGUGAAGGUGGCGGAGUGACAAGGACGGCCAAGAAGCGUGCUUUUGACGAUAGCGACGACACUGAUGAUGCAGCUGCGUCUGGUCAUAAGCGCGUGAAAGUCGAACAUUGGCGAAAACGCUUUAAUAAGUAUCCUUGGAUGGGGGGUGAGUUUUUGGCUGAUUGA